AGGGAGUUCGCGUUCACGACAAGAUGGUGGCCACCAGGAGAGGAGUGCGUGUGAUCUCUCCCACCAGAACCCUCCCGGAGAAGCCGGCUGAGGUCCAGGCCACUCCUUCCACUGGUCGACCCACCAGGAGAUCCCAGCACAGGACGGUGGAGACCUGUGGUCAGCUGGACAGCAGUGAAGGGGGAUCCCCAGUUUCUUCCCCGACCUCCACCAGAAAAAGAUGCAGAGCUUCCAGACUCCACAGUCCGGAGCAGCCCUCGACGCCCCAGAGCUCCAUUCCUGACGCAGAUAUGUCGGACGUGGAGUCCUGCUGCUCCGCUGUGUCCAACACCGAGCCCCCAAUGACGCGCACUAGAGCGAGAACGACACAGCUACAGGUUAGGAAUCAAGAUGACCAGGAGAUAUCUGAGGCAGAGUCGUGCUCCUCUGCCGUGUCUGCACCAAAACCUGUCCAAAGUAGCCGUCGGAGCACAAGAAAGAAGACCCUUCCUGAAAAUUGUGAGACAGUUCAGGCAAAAGCAGGAGAUGUCGAUGAGGAGCCGGCGCUGAAGACCGAGUCCUCCAGCGUGGUGGUGUCCGGAUCUCAGAGAGUCACCAGAAGCCUGAGGAAAACUACUCUGGCCAGAGUGGCUGAAUGUCGACAAACGGAGGACUCUGAGCUUUCAGAUGCUGACAGCUGCACCUCUAGCAUCUCAAGACGGGCUUCCAGGAGGAGAAUACGUCCUAUUCCCAUGCACAUGGAAGAGCUGUCGGAAGGUUCUCAGUCUCCCGCCCGGACAAAUCGGCGCAGCGGGGCGGCAAAGGGGAAAGCAGCACCAACUUCAGAGUGUGAGCCCAUAUCUUGUGACUCUGACGGGUUCGAGUCUGGACCCAGUUGCAGUUCCACCACUUGGUUGAGGGGCAGGACUCGGUCCACAGGUCUAAAGGCCACAGAGUCGGACUCUGAUCUGACAGAUGUGCACUCCCCAGCGGGCAGCCCCAUGUCCACCCGGAGCAAGGGGACGCCAUGCAGCAGCCGCGCAGGGUCUCGGACCAGCAGCCGGAGCACUCCGGCCUCUAGGCGCUUAACAAAGGACUUUACUGUGGCUAUAGAAGCUAGCGCAGAGCCCGCUGAAGAGGCUCUCCUGGACGACUCCAGGUUGGAAACCACCGUGACUGGAUCAGACGCAGAACGCACACUGCUGGAGGAGACUACAAUCCUAAUAUCAGAAGACCCAGAACAAGUGAAUAAUGCAGAUCCCAGUGAAGAGGAUACAAAAAAGGUAGAAAAGGAAGUAAUUGACGUCUCGGACCAUAAUUCCCAGGUUGCUCCCACUACCCCAGUUUGCUCUGUAGUUAUUCGUAAGCUCGCAGUUAUAGUAAGUGACCAGCAGGAGGAGCCAUCAGGUGAAAAUACUGCUAUGGAUACCUCCGAGAACGGAAUGAUGCAGGAAACAACCCCAUCAUGUUUAGAGUCUCGUCCGUCAGUUAAAGUAACGAUAUGUGAGAGCGCUGCUGAAAGGGCUGAGGGGGCAGAAGAGGCGCGGGACGCUGUGAACGGCCAACUGUCUCAGGCAGACGAGGCUCCGGAUGAAGAUGCUGAUUUGGAAACCCGGCCCAGUGUGGAGGACGAGAUGGAAGUCAUCACACUGGAAACGGAUGUUCAGCAGGUGGUUGACGACGCAGAAGUCCACACAGAGGCCGUCCAGGUCACAGUAGAUUCUCACGUUCAGCAGCAGACUAACGAUCCUGUCCAAAAAAGAAAAGUAAUCAGCCUGCUGGACAGCAGCGACGAUGAAUCUGAUGAAGAGAAUGAAAUUUCUGAAGAGGAAGGUUCAGGACAUAGUGAAGAGGAGAGAGGAGAAACUUCCUGCAGGCCAAAAACAGCAGCUGCAUCAGUUGAUGGUCUGUUUAUGAUCGACACGCGGCCCGGACAGGAAGCCGACCAAAAUUAUUACACAGGUAUCGGAGAAGAGGAGGAAAAAAAGAAAAGGAAAAAACAAGCUAAAAAGGAAGAGGAGGAUGAGGAGUUUGUGGAUGAGGAGGGGGUAGAUGAUGAAGAUGAAGAUGCAGAAGUCCUGUUUUCAAGUAGAAAUGCUCAUUUGAGUAAGAUGUCCAGCCGUAUUGACCCCGGCAUCAGAGUGAAGGAGCUCGGGGGUUUAUACAUCACUUUUGAUGGCAGCAAAUCAAAACCUGUCUCCAGUUCACAGCAAAAACUAAAGGAAAAGAAGAUCCAAGAUGAGGUGAUGAAGAAGAGCGUGAUUGGACCAGACUUUGAAAAGAAGGAUGCGGUGCCUCCAUACAGCGAGUCUAAACAAGCCUUAAAGCUGAAACGCAGAGCAGAGAGGGAGAAAUCGACUGGAGAUGGCUGGUUUAACAUGAAGGCCCCGGAGAUGACUCACGACCUGAAAGGAGACCUGCAGGUCCUGAAGAUGAGAGGAUCCUUAGAUCCCAAGAGGUUCUACAAGAAGAACGACAGAGACGGAUUUCCCAAAUAUUUCCAGGUUGGCACAGUUGUAGACAGCCCAGUCGACUUUUAUCAUUCCCGUGUUCCCAAGAGCCAGAGGAAGAGAACAAUGGUGGAGGAGCUGCUGGCUGAUGCCAAUUUCAGACAACAAAACAAGAAGAGGUACCAGAACAUUAUGAUGGAGAAAGCAGCACAAAGAUCUGGCAAGAGCCACAAGAAGAAGAAUACAUUUAAGAAGAAGUCAAAGUAAAACCUUGAUGAAAUGAGCUGACAACUGAAACAAUUGUUUUAAUCCAAAUAAACUUGUGAUUUUCAAAUGUAAGUUUGAAAACGCACAGAUCAGGUGAA